AUGCACAAACACGAAUUUCAGAGAGAAGUUGAAGUCAACCUCGCGUUGGGAAGUCACAGCAAUAUCGUCCAAUUUAUCAAGUCAUUCUCGAUUAAAAAUGCCGAAAACGAGCCGCGGCAUAUUAUCGUGAUGCCGUUCUUUGCUCGGUGUGCUGCCGACUUGCUGAUGCAACAUUCUCCGGUUGAACCUCGCGCCUUGGUCACCAUUGCGCGCGACUGCGUCAGUGCGCUUUGUCAUAUUCAUUCUAAGAAGUAUUGCUUUGCUGAUUUAAAACCCGCCAAUAUUAUGCUUCAUUGUGGGGAACGAGGCGGCGCCACGCUUGUUGAUUUCGGGGGUGCGGUGAGACUCGGUGAUUCCAUUGUCGAGAUCACCGAAGAAUUCUGCUUAGAUGUUGCUAUAUUGCAAGGCUCCGAGCUCCUUGACUGGACAUGUUUGGGCACAACGUUGGCUCAACUAGCGGGUAUUGACAUUAGCAUGUACCACUCGAGACUGCAGCUUAUCACGUUCUUAAAUGAUGGGAACCACUCACCUUGA